GGCGGGGCUUUAACAUAUCCGUUCCAAGUAGUACCGUUUGUGAGCUCCGGCAACAGAUGGCGGCGGUGGCUGGGAAGACCUCCAGCACAAAUCUGACGGGGUGGAGGCACUGAUGGAGGAGUCCGGAUCAGCUUCUAGGGAUGUUUGUCUCUUAAAGAACCGGGACGAGACUCUGUCGACCUGUAUUUUUUAGAAAAUCCAAGCCAACUGCUGUGGGUACACUCCCUUUGAACCGUGGGAUUCUACUGGAGGCCGCAGAAGCCUCGGGCUAGAUUUGUCGACACACCGAUAAGAGUAAGAAGAUCUCCGCGGGACUAUUUGGAAAGUCUCUCAUGGACGCACUUCUUUGAGUUUCUCGAUUUGAAAUCUGUGUUGUAAUUUCUGGAGUUCGUUGUGUUUUCUCGAUUGAAAAAACAUGCACUGGUGUUGAAGAGAAAAAUAAUUCAUGAGACAAGCUAACUCCGUAGCUAGCCAGCUUGCUAUCAUGCUAGUCAGAUACUUAGCAUCGAAACUUUAGCAUUUUGAAUGAAUGAAUGAAGCGGCAGCUGCUUGCGUUUAAGUUGAAACUGCGUGUUUUUGUUGAAACUACGCAUCUGUAUAUUAAAUCUGUGAAGAGACUGAGCCUCAUUGGCUGACUCUUGUUUGCCCGCUUGCUGGUACAUACCCACAGAUGGACAGGAAUGCGGCUCCUGGGAGUAGGUGGACAGCGGCGAUUUAGCAUUAGUGUUGUGCUAAUACUGACUAUAGCCUGGUAAUGUUAAUGAGGCAGGGGGAAGCUAACUUUAGCUAGCUAGAAUUUUUUUGCACUACUUGGAUUUGGCUGCAACAGUGUGAAGCUUACACCCGGUUCGGGAUGGGGAAUACGGUGUCAUGCUGCGUCUCCCCCGAGUCGAGCCCCAAGCUACCGUCGAGACAACCGGCGGAGCGGCUGGAGGAGUUCCAGACCAGCACCGAAGUGAGCGAUGAUAACACCGUGCCCUACCUGCAGCACAUCAGCGACAGAGAGAUCCCUGAUGGUGAGUGUAAACCUCAGUUUCUGAGAUUGCUUAAACUUGUUCUGUUUCUUUAUUGUGUUUAGGCCCGUGAACGUCACGCCCUUAUUGUUUGUUUAUGGGGAGUUCCGUCUAAAUCCAACCACUGCCACUGUGAAAAGUCUCCUGGUGAAGCUCAUUGGAAAACAGUAGUGGAAAAAAAUCAUCAUAUUCCAGUUUGGAUAUGACAGUAUGUGAGGGGUCAGAUGUCGCAAUACAAUUUUGAGCUGUCAAUCUUAUUAACUGGUGUUUUCAAGCCACUCAUAACAGGCACUGAUACCUACAAAUGUGUGUAUCUUGAAAAACUAGGGCUGUAGACCACUAAUACACUGAGGUAGGGCUGGGCGAUAUGGGAAGAAGUUUAUCACGAUAUAUUUUUUUCAUUCUCAGUCGAUCUCGAUAAAUAUUACGAUAUAGAAAAUGAAAUUUAACAGUUUAAAUUGGUAGCAUGUCUUUUACAAUAUAAUAAGCUACUCCAUCUGUGAUGUCUUUGUGUCUCUUUGAUGUGUUGUCGGAAGGCGUUGCGCUAGAGAAAGCAGACUGAAUGGUCGGCUGCAAAGGCACCUUGGGCUCCUUGCUCCGCUCGGGGUUUGUAACCUAUUGCAUUGUGCGUGCUUCAGGUGGUGAAAAAGAUUUGAGAUAUUCCUCGACUUUGCGAGAACAUGUACUCAAAAUAAUCUGCAGUGCACAUUACUCUGCUUCAUGUCCGACCUCAAAAAACCAAAAUACCUCCACACCAUCAACGUUUUCAUGCCAGUCUUGUCGACGAUGUUGUCAUCUGUUGAGCCUUCAUCUGCAUUUCUUCUGAGGGUAGCACUCAUGUCCUUUUUUCGUCACCGACAGUGCUGUCAGCUUCAUGUGUUAAAGUGCUAUGGUUGCGUGUAGCUGCAGCCUGCUACUGGUUCAAUGCCGAAUGGACCCGAAGCAACUCCCCUUUUCAUUGGCUAUUCAUAUAGUCUACCAAAACAUGGCAGAAAGCUGACUAUUGAAAAGCAUAUUGAUUGUGUUUUAUAUUGAUAUUGAGGGAAACCAGUUUUCAGUAUAUAUCGUUUUAUCGCCCAGCCCUACACUGAGGGUGCGAUUAAAAUGCUUCUGUAGUUUAAAAUGAUCAUGCAGCAGUCAGUCUGUAUGAAUAAGUGACAUUUAAAAACACAUGUUGGUCCUGCUGAAAUUGUAAUAAUUCGAAUACCUGUAAGUCAGACUGGCAUUCUGACAUGAUUAGGGGAUCAAUUUUCUCUUGCGUGCAUUAAACUCAUUUGGCCCAAAACUGGUCAGAGUAUUAUGUGCAUGCACUCGAGUUUGCAAACCAGGCUUUUGAUCCAGAAGCUAGACAGCAUAAAAGCAUAAAAGGAUGCAGGGUAAUCAAAACCUGAACAGAUAAAGAAUGGAAGUAAAUAAGACAGAUAUUUUAAUAAUUAAAAAAGCUGCUGAGUUGUUAAAUGUCAGUGUUUUCACAGGUCCACUUACAUACUUUGUCGAUUGUUUUGGUAUGCGAUGUAAGAGGCAGAGCUGAACAGGGUCCAGGAGUAAUUAGCUGGGAAAUGUUUCUCCUUAAGUUACAUUAGGUCCAAAAACAGUUUUUUCACUACUAAAUUUGAGGGUUGCUUAUCUUCAUCUGGCUGCGUCAAAAUGAUUCGAAAGCACAGCCACCUGAAAUGGUCAAAUCCUCAUAUGUGAAGUUGGAAAGCAUUACUUCAUCACAUCAGAUACUUUUUUCAUAUUUUUUGCAUUUACCUCAGGCUGUUGAGAUGUGUUUAGCUCCGGGUUCUAGGACUCAGUGUUCUGUACAAACAAUCAGUGCGAAGGGGAUUUGGUUCUCCAUAUCUCUUAGACCUGAUCUUGUGUUUUAAUAUAUUGGAGGCAUUUCUCCAACUGGUAUUAACAUCAAAACAACCGUACAGCUCCACUUUUAUAGUCAUGCGAACUGGUCCAAUCUUUAAUGUGACUACAGAUAACAGUUGGAUGGCACUCUCUCCUUAACGACUGCAGUGAAAGACUUAGACACUCUAUUGCCAAGUCAACAGACGUGUUUAUUGUCAUCUCGUCCUGCUGCCAACAGUGCCUGAUGAUACCGAGGAUGAUGAUGGCAUUCUUGGCUCUCUUUAGUUGGGCACUGCUUCAUUUUGAUCGCAGUGGUGUCACAUUACAAGUCAGACAUUAACAAUGAAAACAAACCCCUUAUCUCCUUGGCGCCACAUUAACCCCUAAGAUCAAUGAAAACAGGCUUUUCCCAAAGCUUUAUUCUCAAGUCCUUCUUUAAGCAGGUUGGGGAGAAAGCUGAUUAAAAUCGAGAUCAUGCCCUAGACAGGAGAGACAUUAAUUUUAUACAAGCUCGUGUGAACAAAAUGUGUUUUAAGGUGUUUCACACAGGGAAAUUAACUAAGCGUCACUGCCCCUGCUUCUGCAACGGUAACUGUGAAUUUGCUGGAGGUGUUUGGAGACCCCCUCUCACUUUUUCUGCUCACGCUGUGAACUCACGCUGUCAUACAGACCCCCUGAAGGGAAGGCAUCCCCAGAUAUUCCUCUGUGUUGAUGGCCCAAACUCAGUUUAGCACUCCAGUUACAAGUGUCUCCGCUCCUCAUUGACAGCCAGACAUGCACAGUCAGUGGUCAUUCCACUCGUGUUGUUGUGUACGGUCAGUUGUGUGUGUGUGUGUGAGGGAGUGCAGCUUGGGGCAACCAGCUGUUGGCGAGGUGAGGGUCAGAAACAGUCCAGCAGUCCUUUCUACAUUCCUCGUGUCUCUUCUCGCUGUCUUCACCUCACAAACGCAGCCAUCGCCUAAUCCUCAGUCCUUUAUGUAACGUGCUGUCGGUACGGAUUUAGAUAAAGAGCACAGUUCUCCGAGCCAUGCUUGUAUAUAAACCAGCGCAGUUGUAAAUUUCACUUUCAGGCCUUUCAUGUAUGCGCUGCUGGAGCUUACAGUCCUAUCUAUAAAUACCUCAGUGUCUGCAAGUAGUUAGCCCCCAUCAAUAAAAAGUCUUUCAAGUCAACCAAUCAAGGUUAAUGUUUAUUCUGAUUUUGGAUUUGAGUGAUUUGAUUAUUGUCCCUUGAGAGAAAUAUGGGGUUUUAAUCUUUAAUAUAAAUAUAAUUCUAUGAAAAAUUUCCACACAAAAAUCUGUCUUGCCUCAUAACCGCUUUUCUAACUUACAGACACAAUAAAACAACUUUUUACCUCUUUGGCAAUUCUCAGAAAUAAGUGCUUGGAUAAAUCCGUGGAGUGUCAAUGCAAAAAUGACAGAUGAUAUCAGUGGGUGCUGUGACUAUGUGUCAGAGUAAAGUGUCUGCUGAUAGCUUCCUCUUUUUUUCUCAUGGAUUUAUCUCUACCAGGGAGUAAGAAGUAAACAGCAGACAGUCAGCCUCUGUUGUUGUUGUUGUUAGUUUGUUUAUGAAUGCCUUCUGUACUCUCUUGUUUUCUCAGAAUUGGCCUUGGAGUCAAACCCAUCAGACCACGCCCGAGCGAGUACCAUCUUCCUUAGCAAGUCCCAGACAGACGGUGAGCAAUCCUGGCAUGACACACACACAAACACAUACACACAUACACACAAACACAUGUCAGUGAUUCAUGUGUAUUGUAUUCACGAAAACUAAAUGCUCAUUCAAGUCACUUGAUCUUCAACACUUAUUUCAAAAAGUUAGAGCACCUAGUAAAAUGUUGGUAACAAUGGACUUAGAUAGUUUUCAAAUGGCUUUUUUACUUGAAAAUACUUCAAAAACAAAAUAUCAAUUGCUGAAAUUUAUCAUCAUCUUUUCUUUUAAAAACUGAACUUGGAGAAGACCAGAUUAUGGAGCUUUGAAAGUGAAAUGGUUUCCCCAUUCUUGAUACAGAAUUUCAGCAACUCAUCAGCUGCUUUGACACAUUUUUUGUUUCAUGAUGUGCCAAAUGUUUUUGAUGACUGACAAGUCAAGGCUGCUGGUUCACCAGUUCAGCACCUGUUCUGCAAGCUGUGCUGUUUUAGUAAAGGAAAAACUGUGGUUCAGAAUUAUCUUGCUAAAAUAUGCAAUGGUACUGAAAAAAGAACCAUCUGAAUGGUUGCAAAUGUUGCUUUUUAACCUUCACUAUCAGCAUAGAGAGAAUGCAUGAGCACUUGUGCAACCCUGUGCCACUGAGGAUGCUUCAGAAAUGCUUUUAUAAACACUCUUUCAUUGUAACACUCUAUAUGUCGCCUUUAUACUAUUUAUGUAAAUCUGUUUUUAUUAACAUUCAACACAACAUCUGACUGACUUUGGGGGCUUUUACUUUUUGCUGCAUGUAAACAAUCUCUCAAAAAGUCAGGUGUCAGUUCACAUUUUACUCUAAACGUUGCCUGAUAUAUUUCGAUGCAUCACAGUAUGUACUGCACACUUAACGUCUGUUUUCCUUUGCAGUACGAGACAAGAGGAAAAGCAACCACAUAAAUCAUAUCAGUCAUGUAAGUGUCCCAAUCUUGAAUGUGGAUCAUAAUCUUGUUUCUACAUGCUAAACUGUUCUGUUCAGUCUGACACUAACAUGACCCCAAUACUGGCAUUUUCUUUGAAUUUCUUACUUUGUUUAUGAAGCUCAUUUUGGUCCCAAGUCCAGACUGUCAAAAAUGUAUUCAGUGUUAAUCCAUGAUUUGGUCGCUGCCAGCAGAGGAAAGCUUUAAUAACAACAUUGGAGCUCUGUAUUAAAACACCAGCUCCUGAAGCUGUUUAUAAAAAGGUGAACUAGAAGACCUGAUUGAACUUUUUACCUAAGUAACCCCAGGUUUGUGCACUCUGUGAACUAAUGUUGUACAUGUGCAUCUCAGUAAAUUAGGCUAUUGGAAAAAGAGUUCUAACAAUUGUACGAUUUUUCAGAAAGUGAAAAUUUAGUAGAUUCUAUACUUAAAAAUGUGAAACUAAAAAGAUUCAAGCUUUUUGAUAUUUCAGUUAAGUUUUGAUCAUGAGUUUUAUCAUUUUGAGUAAAGGAUUAUUUGAACAGUAUAGAUACUGUAUAUUUCUGAGUGUAGUUCAAAACCACAUGACCACAAUCACUGGGAAGAUGCUGAAUUGACAGCUGUCCAAAAAGUGAUCAUCAAAUAUGAAAAACACAUAAAUAGAAAGAAGAUUGUUGUUGAAGAUUUUCAAGAAGAGUUGAUUCAAAAGGAGGGCGAGUGGUACAGAGGUGCAGAGUCCAAGGUGUUGGGAGUCCAGUGUAACAUUUCUGCAGUCUUUUAUGAUUUUGGGUGCCGUGUCAUCUGCUGGUGUUGGUCCAAAGUCAAUGCAGCUGUCGACCAGGAGAUUUUGGAGCCUUUAAUCAGGGUUCCUACACAGUUGGAAUUCCCAUACUUUUCCAGAGCCUACUUUAAAAUAAUUUUUGGAAAUACCUAUGUUUCUCUUUUAGAAAACAGUAUCUUAUGAAUAAGUGAACUUUUUUCAAGAUGAUCUUAUUUAUUGAGAUGCACCUUUAAUCCUUGAAGCAGACCAUCAUGAUGGCAUCUCCCACUCGUCUCAUUUUCAAUAAAGGCAUCAGCUCCAAAAAUAAACUGUAACCUCAUUAUGUAUAAAAAGCACAAACACCACCAUAAAGCAGCUUGUACAGCUGCAGAGGACUCAUAAAUAAUGCCUGUGUUUUGGCACCAUUUUCUUCCUGCUGCUGUUUUUUCCUUCAUAGAAAGAAUGACGACUUGUCUCUUAUCUCCUAAUCCUGACUUGUAUAACUGAAGACAGAAACCAGAUACCGGGAAAACUACCUACAGCUUUUAAAACGAUUGAUUGUCAUUUUGAUGUCCUCAGGUAUCUCCUGGCCCACUGUCAAAGAAAUACAGCUCCUGCUCCACAAUCUUCAUCGAUGACAACACGGUCAGCCAGCCAAACCUCAAAAGCACAAUCAAAUGGUGAGAAUUUCAUACAGAGUUAUCAACACACAAUGAUGAGUUGUCCCAAAAGUCGAUCAUUUCACAGAGAAAAUCCUGUUACGUCACAGCGUUGUAAUCCUGAAGUAAUACUCAAUGGAUGCGUGACUAAACCAGAUGUCCCCCUGAUUCAGGACUCUGGUCUGUAAUGACAUUAGAUCGGUGAAUCGGGACACAUUUUAUCAGGAUUAUGACGACGUGUUUUCAGGGGGUUCCCUGCAAAUUUUUGGUGAUACUGUCUGGUCUGACACACAAAGUCAUAGACACAACAGCAAAGUAAUCUGCUGUUUGGAUGUUUUUAUUUUAUUAUUUCUAUAACUCUAAAACUGAUCAACCAUUUUCUUCUGUCCUCUAAUUUUUCUCUCUUUCCUCAGUGUAACACUAGCCAUAUACUACCACAUCAAAAACAGGUUUGUGUCUGUUUUGAACUAAAUUCUUCACUUUAUUUCUGCAGCACAAAGUUGUGUUUGAGAUAUAUCACUGAAUGUCAUGUGUGCUCUUUAGGGACUCUGACAGGUCACUGGACAUCUUUGAUGAGAAGUUGCACCCCUUAUCGGUGAGUAUGAUGAUGAGUGACUCAUUUACAUGCCCUGAGAGUAAAAAUGGAGCAACUCAGUUGUUUAGUCGGACUGUGAAAGUCACUAUUUAACUAUUCACAACUCCUCUGUUUAGCCAGAGAUAGUUGGAUUAACCUAAACUGACAAACACUUGCUUAGUUGAUUUGUUUCCUCACCCUCUCCUGGUGUUAUUUUAAGAGUUGUCCUUUUGGUUUUAAUCUGGAGAUAGGGACUUACGAGUGCUGUCUCUUUUCUGACGCCCCUAAUAGGUAGGUCUUUGUAGGAUUACUCAAAUUUGAAAUGCGGAGACAUUUCAAACAAAGCUGGAGCUUUUUAUUAGAUAUGACAGGAUUACCAGUGCCUGUUUUAGAAACACAACUCCAAUUUAAUACAUUUCUCUUUUAAAUGUCAGCUUACUAGAGUUGUUAGUCUUACAGGCUGAGGGACUGUUCCUACAAGGUUUUUUUUCUCUCUUUACUGCCACUGUGGCCAAAAUCUCAAGAAUAGAAAAUACAUUCAAGAAAGUAAUAAUAAAAUAAACACCAACGCUAUUGAAGUCUGUCUCAAAUUGGCUUAACAUGAAGAAACUUUAAGUUAUUUCAUCACUUUUUUAGAGCUGUGAGCAUUCAUGUGUCUUGUACUGUUUCUUCUUCACAGAGAGAGCCAGUGCCGGACGAGUACUCCCGCAUAGACCCUGAACACAAGCUGAUCUACCGCUUUGUCAGAACACUCUUCAGUGCUGCACAGCUAACUGCAGAAUGUGCCAUUGUCACUCUAGUAAGUCUGUCUCUAAUGUUGUACUGUACUCUGCUUAUUUUGUAUCUACACAGAAAGAAAAAGUGAAAUGGAAAAAGAAAGAUUACACAUAAAACAAACUUUUAAAGCUUUUAUUGGUCCAUGACUGUUUUAAAAACGCUUAAAUAUGUGAUCUAAUUUCCCAUUGAGGAGAGCGCUGAUGACGUUACACCUGAUUUAGUCAUUCAUGCUGUUAAAGAGGAGUUAGUGAUACUUUUAAAUGGUCACCAGGGGGCAGUAAACUCCUGCAAACUGACUUACCCUAAAUGACAGUCAACAGGAGAGUGUCUUUGUUCAGGUCACACCACACAGACACCAUAGACCUGUUUCUAUUUACUAACUUAGUGAACAUGUCGGACCUUAUUUUGUAGUUUAACUUUGCUUCACUAAGACACACAGGAGGUUUUUUAAAACACAUAAAAAACAUAAGAGAAAAGUAGCUCAUUUAUUUAUGACCAACCUGGCUGUUAUUCCUGGUGAUAUAGCUGAGACAUUAGCUUGAUAAUCUUGAGGACUCAGCUGCCCAAAUCUUGGAUGUAUCAAGUUAAAAUUUUGGUUCUCGCUCUCCCUUAAGGUAUACUUAGAACGCCUACUGACCUAUGCUGAGCUGGAUAUCUGCCCCGCCAACUGGAAGCGCAUCGUCCUGGGAGCCAUCUUGUUGGCCUCCAAAGUCUGGGACGACCAGGCCGUGUGGAACGUAGACUACUGCCAGAUCCUCAAAGACAUCACUGUGGAAGACAUGUGAGUUAUCUUUGUGGAGAUGGUGAAAGUACAUGAAGAUGAAACCUGAAUCCUUUUCUAUUACUGCCUCAGUAAAAUGAGACUUUGAUAGAAUCGACAGUUUAGUCAUUUCCUUCAUUUAUAAAACUAGAGACUAAAUACCUGACCUCUGAAUCUGAAGUAUUUGACAGCCAGGAGAAAUGUGUGGAAAUGUUGGUUUUAGUUAGAGUUAGAGCGAAGGUCAUCUGUGCAGGUCAAUUUGUGCAUAACCUAGUGCUACACCUGUGAUCCCUCUGUAUUUUUUUGGUAGUAUUUUUUUUUUUGGGAAUUAACUGCAAUGGAAGUCCAGUUUGCCAGUUUUUCAUUAAAUGAAGAAUAUUUAACCAGGUGUCUGAAAUUUGAAGUAUUUCACUCGUUUCUAGUCCAAAUGGUAUCGAUCAGUAAGGCACCAACAGUAACACUGCUGCAAAAUUUCUAAGCACUUAGAUUUUCUUGACUCUGCUUUCAGGGAUACAUGUGUAGUAGCAGAUUUGGUCUCUCCACUCAAAAAAAAAAAAAAUUUAAAAGUUGUUUUUCCUCCUGAGAAAAGAUCUGCCAAAGCCUGUUUUUCUUUUUACAAAUCUGCUUCAUGAUGUUGUUUCGUUCCCACAAACUCAGGGAGUGUGAAGCCCCUGUGUAACUUUUUACAGACUGUGGGGUGUAAUGCACGGAGAAAUGACAGUGUUUACUUUGCAGACAUAUUUCGAGGGGCAGAUUGAGCUUCACUCUUCAUCUGAACUGUAGCUUUAGAUUCCAGACAUCAACAAAUUUAUUAAUAGAAAAGACAAUAGGUCCAUUUGUUGAUUUAGUGACAUCCUCUCUGUUAAGGAGUGUCAUUUUCUUCCACCUCUUUGUGGUGUUACCCUACAUUUGGGUCUCAGCUCCAGCUACCCGAGGUAUGGAAGUAUAGAAAGAGGUCAUUUCUAUCAAACACGACCGAGCUCCAUCACUGUAUGCCGCCCUCCUAAUAAAAGAGAUGUAACAACAAAGAUGCACUCAAAGCAGACUGAAGAAGCGAAGUACUGACAGAGAUGGAAGCUGCAGCAUCUCUCGCUCAGGCUGGUGAAGAGGCCAGGGGCUGAACUUGAAGCACCCAGGCUUUAUUUCCUACAAUUGCUUUUAUGUGUGUGUGUGUGUGUGUGUGUGUGUGUGUGUGUGUGUGUGUGUGUGUGUGUGUGUGUGUGUGUGUGUGUGUGUGUGUGUGUGUGUGUGUGUAUAAAAGAGGUUGAAAGUACCUCCUUGCUUUUUGUGAUUUGGAAAGGUGCGUUCACUGCCUACAUCCUUUUUCUCUGUCUAUGAGCCCCCAUCCCUCUCCAUCUCUCUAUCUAUCCCCUCUCUCUCUCUCUCUCUCCCUCUCUCUCUCCCCCAUAUAUGUCUGACCUGCACUCUUGCUGCUCUGAUUUCAUGGCCAUCAUUGAAGUGUCUUUAUGAGCCGGGUCGGGUCUGGGUGGAGGGAUGGAGGGAGGAAGGGUAGAGAGGUAGACAGACUUACAGAAAGAGAGAGAGAGAAAUGCAGGGGAGGGUCUCAAGUGCUCUCACUGCUUCUACAUAAUGGCCCCCAGCUCUCGCCCACUCCAUUAGUUGCCCUGGGAGACCAGACAUCACACUCUCUCUCUCACACACACAUACACACACACACCCAGGCUCACUCUCACCACCUUUGCUGACCAACAAAGCAUCCUAGAUGCUGUCUCCGUGGCGACCACCUCCCUUAACUGUGAUGAUGAUGAGGAUGAAGAAUGAUGGAGGUUGUAGUCUAAAGAAGAUGAAAUGUGACAUUAAUGGAUGUACAGUUAUCUGAAUUGGUAUUAGUGUGUGUGUGUGUGUCUGUGUGUGUGUGUGUGUGUCUGUGUGUGUGUGUAUAGGGGGUCACUAUAGAAGAGCCGCAUUGAUAGAACACAAAAAUAAAAUUCAACUUUUUUUUUGUCUUACUUUUGUAUAACUGAUUAUUGAUUACCUGGCUUUCCUGACUAUGAUAAUUACUCGCUUCUGAUUGGUCAAAAGCCGUCAACAACCCCUUUUCAACAGUCAUUUUAUUCUGCACAGCAAGAACAACAUCAGAGACAACCAGAUUGCACACUUCGCAUGAAAUCAAUCCACAGAAAUGAGUUUCAGCAACAUUUACUUUUUCUGCAGCUGCUAAUUAAUGACGUAAUGAUGAGACAAAAAUGUAAACGUCCGUUAGCCUCAUAUAGUUGCAGAAAUGUUGCUAAAUUGAUACAAACUUAGACCAAAUGAAGCCCUUAUAUGGCCCUUUGUGGUUCUUGUCUCAGCAGUAUUUUGCUAAUUAUUUCACUGGUUACAAAUCUUUUAUUACUCAGGGGUCAGUGAUGUUUUUCUCCUCUCCCUCUGGAGUUGAUUUAGCUUGGUGGGGACUCAGCUGAGGUGAAACCCACAUAAAAACUUACUGAUACAAUCCACAACUUAUGAAAGUGGAAAAUUAAAGCAAGUUAAGCUAAGCAAGUGUAGCCAUACAACACUGGAAAUCAGAGUUUUGGUACGUAACCGCUUGAGAAGAUACUUUACCAUGAUGAUUUUGUUCUCUUGAGUUGUACGAUUAAAACUUCUUUCAUUAAUUUCACACUCUCUCUCGCAGUAUUUCCUUACAGAGCAGAGCUUUUUACCGGAGUGAAGAAAGUUUCAUUUUUUGAAUAACCCCUGAGGUAUCCUUCCUUCUUCCAGGAAUGAGAUGGAGCGCCACUUUCUGGAGCUUUUGCAGUUCAAUAUCAACGUGCCAGCCAGUGUGUAUGCCAAGUAUUACUUUGAUCUGCGGCAGCUGGCUGAUGACAACAACCUCAGUUUUCCUCUGGAGCCUCUCAACAACCAGCGAGCCCAGAAACUGGAGGUGAGUUUACUCUGAGAGACCUCCAGUUGGUCAUUUCUCAAAUUAUGUUUAUCUCUGCUCAGAUAUGUACAUUUAAGUGCAAAAAGUGCCUCUCUAUCAUGUUGUAUUAUGCAAAGCGUAUAGAUGUAGAAACUGUAUUAAAAUAUCAUGUUUUCUAUGCAAUAUUUUCAGUAACUUAGUUCUUUUCUUUUCUCUCUUUAGGCCAUUUCAAGACUUUGUGAAGACAAGUACAAGGACCUGAGUCGAACUGCAAUGAGACGAUCCUUCAGCGCAGACAACCUGAUAGGAAUCCGACACUCCAACGCUGUGCUGUCAUAGGUCAGACCUCUGCCCUCUGAAGGCCCAGCUGUCCCACAGCCUGUCCCAGACAAACAAAGCCACCAUCACAGCCGUGAGACAGGAUUUAGCCUGGAAAUGCUGCUUACCUUUGACCCUGCACGAACAGUAACUGGCGUUACGGCUGUGGAGCUGUGAGAUUGUCACAUUUAACUUGAAGUUCAGGUUUUAACCCAAACACAACUGUUGUUUUUAUGAAUCUUUUUUUUAUUUAUUCCUUACUUGUCCUUUAUUUCCAGGACAAAGAGUAAAGUAGGACUUACUCUACUGCAGUUAUCUCUGGAACGUAGUCUUUGGAUGAUGAUAAAAUUAUGAUUUCUACAAAAUGUUUUCUUUUACAGUCAUGACGGAUGAGGCUGGUGUGUAUUCAGUUUUUGUUGUUGUCAACAAACUUCAUGACAAGACUAAAACCAAUGAUGCUUUUUGAGUGUCUCUGACUCUGUGACCGCACUGUGGUGGUCCUAAAAAGCCAAAUAAGCUGUUUCUGAAAUAUUGAAAUUGAUCAUAGUUACUGCUAUACAACAAAAAUAUCAAGAACAGAUACAGCUGUUAGUGUGAACUUAAACAGAAGGUAGUGUUGCAGAUUUGUGGGGCUAUUUUAGGGGGUGGAUUUAUCAUUUUUUGCUCAAAUGAAGGGUUAAAGAGUUAAAAGUAGAAUAAUAAGAAGGAGCAACACGUCACCCAGUGUCAGAAACAUCAGAUAUUGGUUUUGGUUUUUCCAUUUGAUUUGUUGAAACUAAUGAAAUACAGAAUAUCACCAGACUAAUCCUUUAAAAAAAAGCUCCACACAUUAAAAGACAAACUUUCUUCUUGUAACUUUGAGCCAAAUUUAAGAAAUGCAAAACAUUUAAUUUCAAGGUCAUGACUUGAUUUGCUUUAAACUGUGUAUCCUUUAUUUUUCUUCUUGUGGUGACUCAUGAUAUCCACAUGUAGCAAGGGCUACAAACGGCACUUUCUUGUGCAAACCAGCCUUUAUUUUUAUAGAUCACACUAUCACAGAAAAGACAGAGUUGCGACAAAGGUGACUUCUGGGAGCAGUUCUGAUGAACUUCAGGAUUAAGCUGUGGUGUUUCAGAUGAUGCAGCAACAUGCUACCAGUGUGUUUCACCGAGUGUUCUUUUUUUAAAGACACUUUCAGAUAACUUCUCCAUUCUUUUUCAAUUACAAGUAGGAAAAAUUGAAGGAAUAAAUAACUCACACUGAUCUUAAAAAUCUUAGACCAACCCUUUUUAUUUUUAUUCUUCAAUCACAUUUAAAAUUAUAAAACCCUUUCUCAUUAAAUGUAUAAAAUGUUUGUUUACGGUUAGGUCCAACGGUUUUUGAUUUAUUUUCAGUAAGUUAUCCACAUUUUUUUAAUGUUUUUUUUUGUAUUUGUAUGAAGCAAACAGCAUGUGUCAUGAUAAAAAAAAAGUAUUGAACCAUAAAUAUUCCACAAGAGUUGACUGAAGUAAACAAACCUCCAGUCAGCUGUCAAUCAGGAGUGCCAACCUGAAGUCAGUGUCACUUCUCAGAAACACACAUGGUCGAAUAGAAGCAGUUUACAGAUUCUGGAUCAGUACUGUUACUGAGUGGCUGGGUUCAGCGGUUGGGUUGCCAUAAUGAUAAAUUGAGGGUUGGGUCUGAGUAUUGUCCCCUUCAAAUCCUGCCAUCUUGACCUUUAAGAGCCCCUAACUGAUUACAGAGUCCGUGCUUGUCCCAGGCCCCGGCCAGAGCUUUGAACAAACUACAUAGAUACUAAAGGGGAAGAAAGACUGAUGGAUACUCCCCUCCUUUUUGCUUACUAUGUAGGCUACUAGCUGUGAAAUUUGUCUUGUUUUUAAUUGAAAAAAAAAAACAUUUGCAGAUGGAGUAUUUUAAAUAAACACUAAUCAUGUAACAAAGAAA